AUGUUGGAACGCAAAUUAGAGCGAAAACCUCGACUCAAGAAAGAAUACAACGAUUUCAUACAUGAGUAUGCAAAGUUGCAACAUAUGAGAGAACUUCGUGGACACCAUCCAUCAUGGAACGUGCGACCACAUUUUUAUCUUCCACAUCAUUGUGUGAUAAAGGAAACAAGUGCUACAACGAAGUUAAGAGUCGUGUUCGACGCAUCGAGUAAGACAACAAGCGGCAUUUCACUCAACGACGCUUUGAUGGUUGGGCCUGUUCUUCAACAGGAUCUAUUCUCAAUACUGCUGCGAUUUCGAACUUUCGAAUACGCCUUGACCGCCGACAUCGCUAAGAUGUAUAGGCAGGUGCUUGUGAACGAGGCUCAAAUACCACUGCAACGAAUCCUCUGGCGUAAUCAAGUAACGGACGACAUCAAAACAUACGAAUUGAUCACAUUGACGUAUGGAACAGCAUCAGCUUCGUUUUUAGCAAUCAAGGUCAUACAACAGCUGGCCGAUUUGGAGGAAAAUGAGUUCCCGAUCGGAGCUUCGAUAGCACGAAGGGACUUUUACGUCGAUGAUUUAAUCACAGGUGCAAAUUCAAAGGAAGACGCGCUGAUGAUUCGUGAUCAAGCCGCAGCAUUACUAAAAAAGGGGGGAUUUUUGCUACGACAAUGGGCUUCAAAUAGCCAAGAGUUGCUGAAAGGCAUAGGAGAAUCGUCCACCACGAAUGCUCUUCUUGAGCUAGACAAGGAUGGGACUUCUAAGACUCUAGGAAUCAAAUGGAAUCCUUCAAAAGACGUAUUGCAGUACGCAAUCUCGAUGGAGCUGAAAGGAUCGAAUUCUCACACGAAAAGAUCGAUUCUAUCCGGCAUUGCCCAAAUAUUUGACCCGCUGGGUCUAUUGGGACCCGUGAUAGUAGUCGCGAAAAUUUUAAUUCAAAAACUUUGGAGGCUUUAA